AAGUCUAAAACUAUUCCCCCUCUAAUCUCUGUUCUCUCUCUUUCCCUCUCCACUCACUCUCGAAUCUCGAUCUGCUCCUCUUUCUCUCUCUUCCCCUCUUCACUCAGUCUCGAUCUGCUUCUUCGAAUGCCGCAUCCUGCCGCCGCUGCUAAAGAACCAAAUUUUCAAGCCUUCUCUCACGAACAGUUCGUUGAUGUCGUUAGAUCUAAAGGUUGGCGACUUCUUAGGCUACGGACUGUUCUUCGGUGGCAUGCUUUGCUAUCUCUUGGUCUCUUUCUCUUUUGAAUCUAAUGUGCCGAGCUGAAGGCCAAUUUAAUGCUGAACAUGUUAUUAGAAAUGCCUUUCACCAAUUCCAGUAUGAGAAGGCUUUGCCUGAAGUUGAGAAAAAGAUUGAGAAGCUUGAACAGGAAGCUGCUAUGCUUGAUGCUUCUGGAGAGUCUGAUGUUGCAGAAUACCAUAAGCUAAGACUUGAUUUAGUGCUACUUGAGAAGAACAUGAUGUCCGAGAUUAUGAGGCCGGAGAGAGUUCUUUACUACCUUCUUCCUGGGAGAUUGGUUAAGAUACGUGAGGGAGGAACUGACUGGGGCUGGGGAGUUGUGGUCAAUGUGGUGAAAAAGCCUCCUGCCACAUCAGGAACUGUGCCACGUGGUGGAGGCUAUAUAGUUGAUACUCUGCCUCAUUGCUCCCCUGGUACAAGUGAGAAUGGUUCAAGGCCUAAACCAUGCCCCCUCGUCCUGGGGAGAAGGGUGAAAUGCAUGUGUCAUAGUGGACUGAUUGUGGAGGCCAGAAAGUGGGUUUAUUUGAUGAAAUCUGAUUAUAAUAUAGAGCCAGGAUAUGAACACUACACAUGCAUGAUUGAUCUUUUGGCUCGAGCUGGUUGCCUUGAGGAAGCAAUGGCUCUUAUUACGCAAAUGCCAUUCAAAGCAGAUGCUAGUAUGCUGUCUUCCGUGCUAAGAGGGUGUGUGGCCCAUGGAAAUAAGAAUCUGUGUAAGAAGGUCGCAGAGCUAAUGAUUCAUCUUGAUCCUGAAAAUUGAAGUGCUUAUGUCCAAUUGUCUGGAAUAUUUGCUACUUCGGGCGACUGGGAAGGAUCAAGACGAGUUAGAGAUAUGAUGAGAAUUGAUUGCACUGAAAAGAUUAGUGGGUAUUAGCUGGUGACUGGCAUGACCAAAGUCAUAUGCAAGUUUCAGCACUUGCCUCUUUGGCCCCUUGAUCAAGAUGCAACUAAAUAGUUUCAAAGCAUCAGGUUUGAUGAGAGGAGAUCAAGGUUGGAGAGAAAUGAUGUGGCAUGAACAAUCCACACUGUAGCCAUGAGAGAAGCUGCAAGUUCUAACCUCAAUUUCAGCUGAUUGUUAUGGUGAUUUUCAUUGUUACUUGUGUAACGAAAGCUGCUGCUAGUGCAGUGGGAGAGGCCAAUCUAGAGAACAUGUUUAUUAUGUUUGCCAACUCCCUUUACUUGUAGCUGCGAUGGUUGCUUCAUCUGUCAAAUUAUACAAGCCUUCAAAUUGUAGUCCGUUGUAUAAAUGUAAGAUAUUUGUGUUUACAAAAUUUAGGAAGCCAUUAAAGAGUUAUGAAUAAGCAGAUUCUCCAUACCUUUUAAUUGUAAUCUCAGUUUUGACCAAGGGUAGGUUUCAAAUGGAAUAUUGUUUUGUUUUUUAGCUA